AUGUUGACGACCUCAAAUCUUCUACUAACAGAUCGGAGAAAAAUAAGGGAGGAAUGGAAAAAAUCGGAAUUUCAACUUGGCGUAGAAAUUGAUAUUAUAAGAAAAUGGUGUAAAACGCAGAAGCACCUUCCCGAAAUACCAUGUGAUAAUACGAUAGAAUAUUUUUUAACAAACUGCAAAUUUAGCAUCGAAAAAACAAAACAGAAUUUAGACAUGUAUUAUACAAUUCCAAACUUAUUGCCAGAAAUGUAUGAAAAUAAGCAUCCUUGCCGAGAUAAUAUGCAAAUGGUAAAAGAAGUCGUAUAUAUGAUACCUUUGCCACGUUUAACCGAAGAUUUACACAGAAUAACAGUGGUAAAAUUUAAGGAUAGUGAUCCUGAUUUAUUUGUUCCUGUAGACUAUUCCUCGUUUCUCUUUAGGAAUAUAUUUGAAAUUAAAAAUCGAGAAGAUCUGACAUUGGGUGAAAUAUUCGUAAUAGAUUUUAAAUAUUUUAAAUUUGGUCACGUUAUAAAAAUAUCACCGUUGUUUGCAAAAAACUGUGCAUUUAUUUUAGAAAAAGUUUGGUCUAAUAGAUUAAGAGAAUUGCAUUUUAUCAAUGCUCCCGUCUACAUAGAUAGGAUUAUGGCCCUAGUUAAAGCAUUCUUCAGUAAAAAACUACAAGAAAGGGUGUACAUACAUUCAGAUAUGGAGGAACUGUUUAAAAUGGUCCCAAGGGAACUGCUGCCAUCUGAUUAUGGCGGACAGGAACCUUCUUUAGAUGAAUUUCAAAGAGUAUGGUCAGAAAAGUUUGAAGAAAACAAAGAAAGAUUUACUACAUUAGACACACUCAAAGUAAACGAAAGCCUUCGUCCAGAAAAAUUGGAAAAUAGUGAAAUUUUAGGAUAUCACGGUAAUUUUAAAAAGAUCGAAGUUGACUAA